AUGGACGCCAACGCCUUCCACGCGGCCAUGCGGUGCUCGUUGCUGCCGGAGGUGGAUACCUUGACCUACCAAGGCGUCUUCAACGAGCACAGCUACCAGACUGGUGGCCCUGAGCAGGAACACGUGCUGGCAAUCAGCGCUGGAGCCAGCCGUAUUGGGGAGGAUGUUUGGGUGGCUUGCUUCCUGAAGUCCUGCCGCGACGGGCAGCCCCGGGACGGUAAACCCAUCGACGUGAUCGUGGUGCUUGACGUCUCCGGAUCCAUGACGCUCGGCUUGCGCCCGGCGGUGAACGUGAGCCGCUUCUUGGGCCCUCCACGGCGCUGA